CCGGAAACUGAAACAUAACCCGCAGUUGAAAGGUUAAUGUUGAAACGCACCGGUGCCAUUCGGUAAACGUUAGCCUAAAAUGGCUAAGCAUCAUCCAGAUUUGAUCUUCUGUCGAAAACAAGCCGGUGUCGCUAUCGGGAGACUUUGCGAGAAAUGCGAUGGAAAGUGCGUCAUCUGUGACUCGUAUGUGAGGCCGUGCACGCUGGUGCGCAUUUGUGACGAGUGUAACUACGGCUCCUAUCAGGGACGCUGCGUCAUCUGCGGAGGCCCCGGCGUGUCCGAUGCUUACUACUGCAAAGAGUGCACCAUCCAGGAGAAAGAUCGAGAUGGAUGUCCUAAGAUUGUAAACUUGGGCAGCUCCAAAACAGACCUGUUCUAUGAAAGGAAGAAGUACGGCUUCAAGAAGAGGUGAAGAGAUGCUCAAGUUCAAGAUUUUAGUUCUGCAGUUUUUC